UGAUUUGGAAUUAAUUUUGUGUGAUGAUAAUAAAUCAAAAUUAUUGAAUGGCGUUGGCAACAUUGCCGUCAUGGCUGAACGAAACUGUUGACUAUCUGUCAAUUUUGUGAAAUCUUUUAUUUUCGCCAUGAUCAGGAAUAGGAAUUUUUUCAGUGAACUCUGUUGCCUGUUUUGUUGUCCACCAUGCCCGGGGAAAAUCGCGGCUAAGCUCGCGUUUCUGCCUCCUGAACCUACGUAUGCAUUCACACCUGAUGAGACAGGAUCGAAAUUCUCAUUGACAUUGACUGAACGAGCAGAAUGGCAGUAUUCGGAACGGGAAAAAGAAAAUAUCGAAGGAUUUUACUCGAGAACCACGAGAGGCAACAGAAUAGCUUGCCUCUUUGUUCGGUGUAGUCCAAAUGCCCGUUUUACGAUAUUAUUUUCACAUGGAAAUGCCGUAGAUCUCGGUCAAAUGAGCAGUUUCUACUUAGGAUUAGGGACUAGAAUAAACUGUAAUAUAUUCAGCUAUGAUUAUUCUGGUUAUGGUGUGAGUGGUGGCAAGCCGUCAGAGAAGAAUUUGUAUGCGGAUAUUGAUGCUGCGUGGCAGGCGCUGCGGACUCGGUAUGGUAUCAGCCCCGAGAAUAUAAUUCUGUAUGGACAAAGCAUUGGGACAGUACCUACUGUGGACCUGGCUGCUCGCUAUGAGGUGGGAGCUGUUGUGCUGCACUCUCCCCUCAUGUCUGGAAUGCGAGUUGCCUUCCCCAACACUAAGAGAACAUGGUUCUUUGAUGCUUUCCCGAGUAUCGACAAAAUUCCCAAGGUGACCUCUCCUGUUCUUGUUAUUCAUGGAACUGAAGAUGAGGUGAUAGAUUUUUCUCAUGGACUAGCAAUAUACGAACGCUGUCCUCGUGCUGUUGAACCACUAUGGGUGGAGGGUGCUGGACAUAAUGAUGUUGAACUUUUCAACCAAUACUUGGAAAGACUGAAGCGUUUUGUUUCAGUAGAAUUGCUCAACUGACAAAGACUGCCGGCCCCAGGCCAGACAACUCAAGGUGACGACCAAAAUCCCGCAUCGACACUGAGCUCCGGCACCUCCAGUUCAGCGACAGAGAGACUCCUCUAGCUAGCGGGGGCCGGGCCCAGCCGGGCCGGCCCCAACAAAAACUCAGCAAACGCUAACGGCUCUGUGAGUCCACACAAUUAUAAAGAAAACAAUAAAACAGACAAUAACGAAAUAGGUUCUACCGAGCUGAAACCCUCAGUCGUUCAUAACAUUAGCAUUAACGUGACUGACACAGACUCGCCCACAUGCGUUCGAAGGCGGAUUCAUUUACGGUCUCUUAGCGAUGUGACUCCGGCCAGUCGAACUCACACGCCGCGAGCUCGGUCCCACUCGGAGCGUCCGCGCGCCUCGCCCGCGCCUUCCCCGUCGCACGCGCCGCAGUCUCCAGCCACCGUGCUGGCCGCGCCCGCCACUGCUCCAGCCGUGCUGCUACCGCGCAUCGUGCGCAGCGAGCGCUCGUCGCCCGAUGCGUCAUCGCUUGCACUCGACGAUGGCACAGAAACACGCUUACGCAGUCGUGAUCGAUCUGGCAGCGACGCCGUCUCCGUCCUGGGUAACCCGUGGCGUAAAAUGAGUGACGUCGAUUUGAAUGCAUCCGGUAGUCGUAGUCGUUCUACAGGUCGCGGUGCGCUCGACCCUUGGGUAAGGAAUCCUACUCUGCGUCCUGACAAAAAUAGUGAUGUACCUAAAUCUCGAGAAGAUGUAACUCGCGCCGUAUCAGACUCGGAGCAAAAACGAGAUGUGCCUACUUUCAAACGAGGUAAGCUUGAGCGUCGAUCGCCUGUAGUGUGCGAGACAUGCGGCAACGAGAGCUGCGAGUGCUGGCGCACGGGCUGGGCGCGGCACGCCCGCGCGGCGCGGUCGCUUGGCGCGCAGUGCACAUGCGACGGGCGCUCGCCUCGGCCUUCGCCGGCUCGGCUGCGGCCGCGCGCUCCUCCACGUACUUUAUCUGACGACGAGGAUCGGCCACGACGGCUUUACAAGUCUGCCUCGCAGAAGAUGAUAUGCACUUCGAUCGACGGAGAUCGAGUGAAAAAGCUCGCUGAUCCGCUAUUGGAGACGACCUGCUGAGGUGAUGGACGACGAUAGUGCGACACGAGGAUCCCGCCUGCGCCGCCGCGUCACGCCUGGCGUCUGGGAGGAAUCGUUCUGUGUACGGUGUGUGUUGUCCCUUUUUGAUGUAUGAGUAUUAUUAGUGCGAAUUUUGUAUCCCUUAGUAAAUAAGAUUUCAAAAUUUAUUAUUGUACUGUAUAUUAAUAUUUGAUAAAUAUAAAAGUAUGCUCGUGUUAUGAUAAUAUGAUAAAAUAUGAAUGUUUUUCAUGAAUAUUGUAUAAUUAUCUUUUACUUCGGGAGGUUGUGCGUAAUUAGAAAUUCUGCAUCAUUUGAAAGUAUUUAAAAAAAAUCAUUUUGGAAUUCCAUUUUUGAUACGUUAAAUUAAUUGAUCCAGUUCCUAUAAUAUUAUUUUUAUUUUGUAUUGAACACUAAAAUCUUAACGCACAAUACCAUAGUAGUUAUUUUACAUAUUAAACCUAUCCAUGCAUCUUCCAUAAAAUGUAAAUAUUUUUAGGUAUGAAAUAAACAUAUUUAUAGUUGUAAUGUCAAAAUCUGAUUGUAAUACGAAUACUAUAUGAUAUUGGAAAAUUAAAUCAAUUUGAUAGGCAUGGUCAGUUUCUAUUAUACAUUCCACAAACAAAUUAUAUAAUCUAAAUCCACUGUUUCAUAUCUAAAUUCCAAAAUGCUUUCUUUAUGCUCUUAAAAGUACUAUUAACAACUGAAAUAUAAAUUGAUUAGUUUAUCUACUGAUCAAUGUUUCAAAUUGGAAGUUUUUAAUUUGUUUUGUGACUGAAUGUGUUGCCUGAACACGGUAUGUGUCAACGAAAAGAGAAAAAUGUUAUCCUCAGAAAUAUUAGUUUUAGAAAACGAUUUAUUUAACGGUUUUAUACUAUUGACUGGGUACCUUCCUUAUCGCAUGCACCUAUUGAAACUGUGUAAACAUUUAAAUACCGAAGCUACCAACGCCCCGUUGACGUAGGUAUCCAAGGUUUUUAUUUGUUAGUCGAAUAAUAUAAUGUUAAUAUUUGUGAUUGGUUGACCGAAAUAUAUAACAACCAAUCACAUUACAAGAUACAGCUGAAGACUUAAUUUUUCUGUUGACUUCUAGAGACCGGUUGUGCCUAGCCCUGAAUUAUUUACAUACACAUUCUCCAACAUUUUAUGUAUUUUAAUGUUUAGUUAUAAUUAUCGUUUAGGUUAUUUUUGUCAUUUUAUUGGUCUUCAUGUUUAUAAAUCGUUGCUAAGACUGAGUCUUGUGACACGCGGAGAUACGGUUUAAAUUAUAAGUUUAGUGAGUAAUAGGGUUCCAUCAUACGGUGUUUAAAAAUAUACAGUCAUAUCGAUGCAAGUCUCAAUGAUACCGCUACAAUAAUAGCUCGUCAUCCAUUUAUAGCUUAUUCAUUCUCAUUGGCGCACUUAAUGUAUUGGUCUCUUUAUGAUUUGAACGUAUUGACGUCAAUGUAUCAAUCUCUAUAUGAAAGAAUUAAUUGUUAGACAGUAGGUACUUCGACGUUCCAAUAAUAUAGUCCAACAACAACUUAUAGAAAACACAACUAACAUAAUAUAUCUGUUUUCAAAUUAUAAGGCAAUGUAAAAUAAAAGUGGGCUGAAAUGAUGUAAGCAUGCCAUUUUUGUUACUUACCAAAUUUUAAGUCUAUGGAUUAAAUAUUUUAUAAUGUGGGCAUCAUCUUCUCACUUUGUUUAUACUGUUUUUUUUAUACAUUUAUUACUUAUUAUUUUUAGUACCAUUUUAUUUUGAUCGUCAAUUUUAAUUGAUGCGUACUUGUUGAAUGGAUUAGAUGAAUUUAUUUUAUGUAUAAGUGAUAUGAGUACGUUUUUAAUUAAAAUAUAUUUAUCUAUUAUGAAAUGAAAUAAAUCUUUUUGUUUAAAGAGUCUAUUUACCAUAGUUUAUUGAAAUGCUGCAAUAUGCGUCAAUCGUGACGGUCAUAGGUACUGAUCUACGAUUCAGAGAAAUAAAUCUGUAGGAAUUUAAAUUUCAUAGUACAAAAUUGUAAUAAAAAACCAACGAAGUACUUUACAAGAGAAUUAUGAACACUAGAUACUAUGAACACCAUGUUAUUCUACAAAUGUAUUUUAUUUCCUUUAGUAUUGCUACUGCUGAAGACCUUAUAAGGAUGGUAAUCUCAUUAAUUGCUGUCUUGAAUUUCAUUAAAAAUCGCUCACAUUAUAAAAUAGUAAUUGAUAAUGUUGUGAACUGUCGGAACUGUGAUCAUUUUGUAUAAUGUAGGUACCUAAACAUUUUGCAUCUAAUUGGUUGUUAUACUGCAUGUACAACCAUGUGGGAAAAUAACGCUAAUAACAAAAAUACGGCAGGCAGAGGUACCUGCAAACAUUUUCAACUUCGCAAACUCAUAUCGACGACAUACAUUUUACUUAGCUAUUUUAUAUCAUCUUUUUUCAUAGAAGGUACCUAUCUGUUUUAAUGUAAAAACUCAGUACUUAAUAUUUUUAGACAUAGUUUGAGCUGGAUUUACUUAUAUCUACGUAAAAUCAGCCAAAAGAGGCAUAUACAAAUAAGUAAUGAUGCAUAACUCAAUUCAAAUUAAUCUCACUUAGAUUUACACAUCUACUUCUAUAGUUGAAGUGCAGAUGUCCAUGAAAAGGUUUCACCUUCUGAAGGGCAAAUUGUGACCAAACAAGUAAUUGUGAUCUGAUAUGUAGUUAUUACCUACUUUUUGCUUUGUUUCUAAUGUUGGAAUGCCAAAAUGUUAUAAACACUGUAUAUGUAUAUUUUUACAUUUAAAUAUUGGUUAUUAAGCCAUUAUAUAACUAGUAUUAGCCUUUCUGCGAUUGACAUUGGAAGUCUUGGGUCAAAUAAACAUGGUCGGAGAUAUUAAUAAUUGUAAUUUGUACUUAGAAUUUAUCAAGUGAGCAAUAUACAGUUGAUAAAGCUUGAUAAAUUUACAUAAAUGCACUGGGUACAUGAAGUUAAUUCUGUAAUGUUAUUACAACUGUACGAAGUCUGUUAAAUCACAUGAAUUAUAGGUAUAGAUAAUCAUGUAAAUGUAUUGUAGGUAGUAAAAAAUAACUUAUAACAUUCUAAAAAUAUACAUUUUAGAAUGAUGUAAGUAGUUACGGGAAGUUUACUUAUCUGGGGCCCAAAUGUAAUUUCACAUUUUAUGUUACCACAUAGCUGCGCCCAUCCUUAUUCAAUAUAUUAAAGCUACCCAUCAAUUAUUUAUUUGACGGUAAAAUUGUUCAUUAUGAAUCUAGCAGGUCACUUCUAUGUAUCAACAUAAUAACUAUAAUGUACUAGAUAAUGUCAGUUGGCAUUCUAUGGCUAAUGAUUUUAACUAGAUGUACUUUACCAAAUGAUAUGAAAUGUUAGCGGUCACGCUAGUGAUGGGCAAUGAUAAUAAUCCGGUUAAUAUCAUUUGGCUAAUAAUCGAUUAAAAGCAGUUAAUAGCCAUUAAUAGCCAAUUUUGGCUGAUAACCCUGCUAUUGAUAUUAUUUUAGUGAUUGAAAAUUUCCCUUCAUGGUUUUCAGGCUUAGGACUGUCAGAUUAGACUUCAUUUUCAUCAUAUUUCUUUACAGUAAAUAAAUGUGCAAUUUAAAAGUAGGCUUGCAGUUGCAGGCCUACUCUUAUUCAACGAAAAGCGAAGUUUCGUCCGCAACUUCGCAGAUUUCGUACUACAAUUCUAUUUAUUACUUUCGGGAACUAAAAUGAACGAAUGAAAUGAAAAUAAAUAAUAGGUUUUGAUAUGAAAUUAAAAAUAAAACGUUAUUUCAAGUAAUUCUAUCAGUAAACCAAUAAAAACUACGGCCGAAGAUUAAACGAAACUUCGGAUUCGAGAACCGGAGUAAGCCCCCAGGUUCAUUACAGUCACAGGAUAUUUCAUCGAUUUCUGAUGUUGGAUAGAAAGGUUCCGAAUCCAUGUGGAAAUCACUUUCCGUAUCUAUACUUGACGGUCUGUUUUCCAAAUUCCAGUUGUAAAUAUACCUACGUUAUUUUUCCUGCGGUGCGGGGAUGCAUGUUACCUACUUUUUUUUUGAGGGGGAAAUCAUCCAAUGACUAGGUGAUUAAAACUUUACUGACAAAAAACACCCCGUUCCUAUCUGCAGUUCGAACCGGAGCUAAACCCGCUAGGUAGUCCGCAACUCCGGAUCAGGUAUCACCCCUACUGGGCCCCAUUGUGGUGGUCUGAUGGCUCUUUGAGGCGCGCGCGGAACGUGAUGCGCCGCAUACGGGUCUGGUUCUGGUUUGCUACCCUUGCUCGCCGACGAAGGAGGAGACGGCAUUCCCCCUCGCUCCGCACCAUGGUCUGAACCAAUGCCGGACGUUGAGGUCACCGUCACCGACCACAUCCCUGAGGACACGGCGGUUUCAGCCCACCUAGUAAAACCGCCACCGUAUGCUCCACUGUGUCCUCCAGGCGGUCCUCACAGUGAUGACACCGUUUCCUCCCGUCCAAUCAGAAACAGAAACCUACCGAAACUCCCAUGUCCGGUAAUCCCCUGCUUCAGGGGGUAGGUGAGGAUGCCGUGGGGCCUCUCAAGCCACUUAUCAAAGAGGGGACUUAUCGCUGCAAUGACAGCGAGCCCAGCCCUUUUGCGACAGUCGUUGCUGCCAUUCCGCCAUGAGAUCCGCCGGAGCUCAUCCCGCCACGCACUAAUCUGGCGCGGCAGUGGAGUUUCGCCCCGGCGACACGCGUCGGCGCGCAAACUGAACACGCGCGCGAGCACCUUCGCCUCCAAAUCCCACGGCAGUAGUCCGGCAAGGAGGUUAGCCUCCUCUCCGGAGAUCGUGCGAUAUCCGCGAAUCACCCGGAUGGCCAUGACAGGGAAUGAGCAGCGCCCGAGUUGGCCGCCGCAUCAGGUUCGGCGCCCACACAGGGGCGCCGUAGAGGGCCAUGGACCGCACGAUCCCCGCGUACAACCUCGGGCAGGAGGCGUUUGGCCCCCAGCGGUUGGGCAGGAGCCGCUUAAGUGCAGCCCCCGUCCGUUCCAACUUAGGAGCCAAACGUCGGAAGUGCGCAUGCAUGUUACCUACUAUCGACUCAAAAUAGCUAAUAACUAACUUACUUAAUGUACCUUACAUUUUUACGUAUCGGUUAAAAUUAUUUUAUAGGUAAAAUUAAUUAAUUAGGUACAUACUCGUAUAUGGUUAAAUCACAAAGCGAUGUGUCAAUAGUAAUUAUAUUUUUUAUAGUAUUGGAUCUCUAAAUUAACAAAACUGAAUUUCCCGUGAAUGUGAAAAAUGUGUAUCUAUUUAUUUUAUUAUUAACACUUUUUCGUAUACAAAUAGUGAAAAUAAAUAAAAAGAAUAACAAUAUGUUGAAUCACACUGCGUACAGGCACACAAUUUAUGUUUACACCCACAGAUUUUACAAUAAAACAAAAAAAGCAUUUAUUUUUCUAACUAUACAUUAAUAGCAGGGUUAUCAUCCAUUGGUAGGCUAUUAAUGGCUAUUAAUGGAUUAUAAUCGAUAAUAACUCAAAGUAGCCGGCUAUUUACCCAACACUAGUCACGCUAAUGCUGAUGUAGGCGGUUGACCAAUUUUUCACGCCUGUGGGCUGGGGAUGUGAUCAACAGCAAACAUUACAAAACAUAACCACAUAUUUUAAUGAUUUACCGACGAUAUAGAAACGUUGUUUAUUUGGUCUCGACAGCUAUAUUAUGAUUAAUGAAUGUUAUCUCUAAAUUGUAAAAUAAGAGGUAAAUUACUUUUUAAUAAACUAAUUAAAUUGCACAUAUCUAAAAUA